AUGAGGGUCUUAUUUUGGGGCUUGCUAUGCUUUGGUGUUUCCCAUAGUCAUUUUCUAAAGCUUAAUCAAGGCCAAGGAAUUGAGGAGGAAUAUUUUUCCGCUGAGGCAGAAGGUGACUCCGUUGAGCACGAGGUCACGGAGAUCGACGCAGCGAGAAUCCUGCCCGAUAAAGAUAGCGACGUCAUUAGUGCUGAAGCGGAAGUGGAAGAACCCUCUGAGGAUUCCUUCCGCGAGCGCGAACCGGAAGUUGAUGGAAAAUUGAUCAACCGCUGGCCGAUUCAGCAUCGAAAUACCGAGAGACUCGUCCUGAAGCGGGAUCUCAGGCAUCGUCGACAGAGCGGUGAUCCGGAGUACGACUACAGGCACUUGAAGGAGAAACCUGCUACCGGCAACCGACUUCCUGGCCGGUCGCGCAGGCAUCUGCACUUUAACAACGAUUGGCGCACAAAGCUGAACAGCGAGGAGAUUGAUGCCCUGAUCAGGGAGGAAGAAGUCACGAGGUACCGUAUCCGGCGCACACUACGUGAGCCUAAAGAGCUGUCGUACCCGAUGCCUGAUGAUGACAAAAUGUCAAAGCAGAGGCAUGAGGAAAAGAAGCGCGAGCGGCGCUGUGGAAUGUUUUGCGCAGGCCCUCAUUCGGAGGAUGACGGCCCCCAA